AUCACGUACCACUUCUCUACUGAAACCCUUCGUGGACUUGCCCUGCUGCUAUUUGAACGCCCCAAGAAUGAUGUUUCAAGCAUCCCUAAUGUUCCACUGACCUCAACAUUCCCUUACCGCUCUGCUAAUGGGGCUGCAUGUUUUGUUUGUGAAGUCGACGGAGAAGUUCGUGGAACAUUGCAUGAGCGUUAUCGCUGCCUUCGCUGCCCGGCCGUUGCAUUUGAAGAACUCGGCCCAAAACUUAUUGAGCACAUGGGGGGUCAUAUUUUAUUUGAUCAAGACUUACGAGACAAGCACAAUGUCUGCGGCUUGUGUCUCAGCAUUGGGUUAUGCGAGAUUCGGCUUGCGAGAGGCGCUGGAGGUUCCGAAGUUGUCGACAUCAGUCGCUCGCGCUGCCCGAAUCUAUUCAAGAUCAAGUUGAAGAAUGCACGCAAGUCAACAAAGCACUCGCCUUGUACAAACACCCCGCUUCAUUGCCCGUAUUGCGACAGUAAUGCUGCUCCAGUAUGGAAAUACUCGCUGUCACGUCACAUCGAUAUCCUGCACCCAUCAGCGAAUAAGGCACGGUUCGAAGAAUUGUGGAGAAUUGACGACGAAGAGAGCACUCAAAUAUCAACAAAAUUCAAAAUGAAGGCUCGGAAACGAAAGCAAAUGACAGCGACAUCGAUGCUGCGCAUUUCCGAAGAGCACAGUUCAAGAGUGGCAUUACGACAGUGA